CGCAGUGCGAAUAAGCUCGGUUUACGACAGCUAGAUGUGAAGGUGAGAAUCAUGGAUGGUGGUGAAGAUGCAGCUCAAAGGCCUUUGACUCUAGAUCUAUCUGGACUCGAGAAAGAUGAACCUGCGGUGCACGCACCUUCAGACACCGCCACGAUGAGCAGCCACGCCAACACUACAGAUGCUCUCUUCCAAGAAGAGACCAUUGACCUGGAUGUCGAAGCGUUCAUCUCCCCUCAGGAUGACAGCGCUGCUUCCGGGAGCGUCACCGAUAAGCUGAAUGAUCAGAUGAUGGAGAGCGUCAUGAUCUCCGAUUCCCCCAACACUGACGAGGAAGAUGUCCCUAUUGACUCUCUGUUGGAGCAGACAGAUGACCAGGAGUCUCUUGACUCCAAAGAGCCUGAAGAAGACAAAGAGGAUGAAGCCAAGGAGGAGGUUGGAACCGAACAGGCCACACCUGAUGAUACGGUUGAGUCUGAAACAUCUCUGGCUUUCAUUGAAGAAGAAAAAACAGAGGAUGGUGAUAUUAUGGACCGUACAAAAGAGGCUGUUCCAGGCACAGUGCUCACUCCAAGCAGCCCCAACGCUGAAGAAACGGAGCUUGAAGUAGCCAAGCAUGUGAUCAAGGACGAGCCCGUUCCAGUGUGCACUAUUUUCAGCCAAGGCGUGCAGAAUAAAGCACAGUCCCUGGUGCCUGAUGGGUUUCAGCCAACUUUGGUCAAAUCCCCGAGCUUUACGACCGGACAUCAUGAAACUCCCAGUAAACUAGCGCCUCUGGUGUCUCAGCCCAGUCCCAGCCUCAGUAAAUUCUUCGCCGAUAAUGGCACUGUUAACCCUGCCUCAGACUUCUUCGACUCCUUCACAACGUCCUCAUCUUUCAUUUCAGUCAGCAACCCCAACGCGGAGACACCGAAGUCCCCAACCUCUCUGGAGUGCCAACUUUCUUCUGGCUCAAGCAGCCUCCUUCAGGACGGAGGCCCUGCCAGUCCUUACUUCAGUCCCGCAACUCACGAGAGCACACCGAGGCCCGUGAGCAUCACGGCAGAACCUGCAGUGAGCUUUACUAAGCUUCAAGCGGUAUUCUCGGGCAGCGAUGACCCGUUUGCGAGCGCUCUGAGCAUGAGCGAGGUGGAUAGACGAUACGACGCCUGGCUUCCCUCUGAGGAGACCAGGAGAGUGCUGAUCUCUGUGGCCACUCAGCAGGUCAACCCGGUGCAGGUAGACAGGGAGAAGCUAUCCAUGCCCGGACUCAAGUUCGACAAUUUGCAGGGUGAUGCAGUGAAGGACCUGAUGCUGCGUUUCCUUGGUGACCAGGCAGCGACGAAGAGGCAGGUUCUCACCGCUCACUCGGUGGAGCAGAAUUUCUUGGGUCUCAAGCAACUGAUCGCCACAAAGAACUGGAGGGCAGCCGUGGACCUAACCGGCAGACUGCUGACGGCUCACGGCCAAGGCUACGGCAAGAGCGGCCAGCCCAGCACCCACACCACCGACACGCUGCAGUUAUGGUUUGUGCGUCUGGCUCUGUUGGUUAAGCUCAACCUGUUCCAGAACGCCGAGCUGGAGUUUGAGCCAUUUGGUAACCUGGACCAGCCGGACCUGUACUACGAGUACUACCCUACAGUGUACCCUGGAAGACGAGGUUCGAUGGUGCCAUUCUCCAUGCGUGUGCUGCAUGCUGAACUGCCUCAGUACUUAAACAAGCCCCAGGAGUGUCUGGACCGCUUGCACAGCAUGAGAAGCAUCUGUCAAAAAAUCCUGGCACACCUCGAGGAGGGACUGGCUGAGGACGGGAGCAUGAUGACCCUCACGCAGGAAAACAGACAAGCCUCUGUUCAGCUGUGGAGGUCACGUCUGUGCCGGGUGAUGUACUCCGUGGCAAACUGUCUGCUAAUGAUGAAGGACUAUGUGCUGGCUGUUGAGACGUAUCGUUCCAUCAUCCAGUACGAGCCACAGCAGAGCGUGCAGCUGUUGAGUGGAGUAGGACGCAUCUUCCUACAGAUCGGAGACAUCAAAACUGCAGAGAAGUAUUUCCAGGAAGUCGAGAAAGCCGGUCAGGAAAAAGGAAAAGGACCGACUUACGACACGGCUAUUUUAAUGAACAGGGCAUUUGUGUACCUGAGCCAGAAUAAUUAUGCAGACGCCCACACGUGUUUCUCCAGUGUCUUGAAAAUUGAUCCCAACAAUCCUGUGGCGAACAACAACGCAGCAGUGUGCUUACUUUACUUGGGCCGCCUAAAGGAGUCCCUGGGUCAGCUGGAGAGCCUGGUGCAGCAGGACCCUGCGCUCUACCUGCACGAGAGUGUGCUUUUCAACUUGACCACCAUGUACGAACUGGAAUCGUCACGCAGCACGCAGAAGAAACAGGCUCUGCUGGAGGCUGUGGCCAAGCGCGAGGGCGACAGCUUCAACACGCAGUGCCUCAAACUGGUGUAAUUAGUAACCAUCCAGGAGUGCAUUAGAUCACUGCUUCGUGAUGUGACGUGACGUGACGUGACAUGAGCUCAUGUAACAACCCCGAGCUGAAAAUGCCACUGGUCUGUAUUAGAUUUGUUGUGUGGUGGGUUUUUUUUUUUUUCCUCUUUUCUUUAAGAAGACUUUGAAGUAUUGGGUGUGACCAAAAUCAAAGCUGACCUGAAAUGACCAGUGUGUUCACACUAAGGUAUGUGAUGCAUUUGAAGCUAAAGCAAUGUUCUUAUGUGUUUAGGUUGCAGGAGAAUGUAAAAUCAGUGAGAAUGACAUUAAUGUAAAUAUUUAGAAUAUGUAAUGAAGAUAGAAAGGCAGCCUAGGUGGUAAUACAGCAUUACUGAAAUUACAGUCGAGGCACAGUUCUGGUUUUUGUUCGUUCGUUUUUAAUUAAAACCUCGUCGGUGUGGACAAGUCCGUACAAGCAGAUUUUAUUCAUGGGAAACAGAUAUGUUCAUGAAUUUGAAUAAGAAUUGAACUCAACUCCAUAUUAACCUUCACAAAACAAGUUUUCAUUUUUGAAAAUACCCCAGUGCACCUCGAUCCUGCAACUGUAGCACACGGUACUAAUCCCACCCCCUGCCGCACUACACACAUCAGCUGAGCUGUACAAUCUGAAUGAGGGAAAAUGUACGGAAUGUGGAAAUAUUGACGAAACUGACGGACGUAAAGCUAUUUGCACUCCUGCUACCACAACAAAUUUCAAAAAGAGUCAUUUCGCAGAUGUUGAGAGAAGUUAAAGACGGUAGCUUUUGUGAAAACCGCAACUCAACAAAUUGCUGACUGUUUUUGUUUUAGGCACUCUAUUUUCUCUCGAAUUCCCUCCAACUCAAUUCCCACCAGCCAGCUCACCCCUGGUCUAUUAUCAAAUUACUAUCGGGAAGCCAUGGCUUAAUGGUUAGAGAACAGCUUUGGGAUCAAAAGGUCGCCGGUUUGAUUCCCUGGACCAGCAGGAAUGGCUGACGUGCCCUUGAGUAACCCCCAACUGCUCCCCAGGCUGCUCUAAGCAUGUUGUAUGUCGCUCUGGAUAAGAGCGUCUGCUAAAUGGGAUUAAUGUAAUGUUCUGAGGAGGGUGAAGGCGUUUAACACUUGCUUCGUCUGAGACGUCUGCAGCGUAACUCACUCGGAGAAAAGCGCCAUCUUCCCUCUUCUACAUACAUGAGCUCAUAGAUUGCCUAGUGUCUCUGUGAUUGACAGGAGCGUGUGUGAGAACGCCAUCCUUCCAACCCAGAGAGCAAAACUGGCGGCGUUAUUGUGAUUCAAAAGCACAACUUGCAGACUUUUUGUCAAGGGUGAAAAUGCAGUAUGCGUUGUUAAAAUAAAGAUUACGUGACGUCGUCCUCUCUGUGGAAAUUCAUAUUUGUUUAUUUCCCGACUUAACCUGCUUGUAUGUAUGUUUUUUGGUUACCUUAGCUGGCUUGUCAGUUAGGUUUCUGGGCAUGUAAAGCUUACGACAUGGACAAGACUAACCGCACUGUUUCUGAGAAACUUCUGGAAAAGCCUUUUCUUAGAUUAUAAUCUGUGCACUGUAAACAUAGAGUAUAUUUAACAAUUAUUCCACGUAGCACCUCGUAAGCUAUAAGCCAUGUCCGACUCGAUUACGUGGAAUAAUUGUUUUAUUAAAUCCACGUUCACUGGAUUUUGAGAAACGGGGGUUUUUUGUUUUUGUUUUUUCAAAUUCAAUCAAUAAAAACUUUAUACAAAACGUCCGACAAAAUCAUUUCUGCUCAGGCGGACGACGACUUAAAAACCUAUCGAUGGCUGCACGAAUCGACUUCACCGUUUUCUUGUACAAAGUGUCGUCUCGCUGUCAUGCCAAGGUCGAGAAUGGCUUUAGACAUUCAUUUCAUUCUUCAGUUCUGUAAUUUUCAAAUGUCUUUGAGCUUUUGAACCAGUCUAAAAAAAAAAAAAAGUUUUAACGCUGAAGAAUGUAAACAAACCGAUUAUAGUAGAAAUUUGUCAAAAAUGCUUCUAUAAAAAUUCUUGCGGGGGGGAAGACAAACUUUUUCAACAGGGUGACCCGUCCAGCACAGCCCUGCAAAACUAUACAAUUUCAAGAAUAAUCUCGUUAAUAGAAUUAAUCUAAAAAUUAAUUCAAACUACCAUUAUCGUCCUAAAAGGGGGGGAUGCAAUGAAAAAUAUUUUUAAAAAAAGAUAUAUGAAACUAACUUAACUGUAUGAUAGAAUUUUUCAUUCCAUAUUUUGUUGCUUUUGUAUUUUCUGGAGUUUUGUUUUCGAGUCCAGUUUUUAUUUCGUCCUCGGUUGGUUCAGCAACACGCGCUGCCAUUUUGUUUUUCUCUACUCAUGGUAUACAGUAUGAGCUGAUAUCCGAGUAGUCGAGUAGCCAAUCAGAGCGCACGAUUGCUCAUAUCCAGUGAACGUGGAUGGAAUAAAAAAAAAAAAACCUGUAUCCGAGUGUGGAUUCUUUGUGCUGCGCGUCACUCAACUGUUCUGUCUGUCUGUAAUGAAUUAAAAUAAACUUAAGUACGUUUGAGAAGCG